AUGGUAGCAAAGAGACAGGUCUGCAAUUUUGAAAAUGGUGUUUGAUGGUGUCUGAUUUUUUACACUCCGUUUUUCUGUUAUUGCGAUAAUUCUUGAAGUUGAUAUCAUGUACUGUGAAAACUGGCAACUGAUUGUUGAUAUCAUCAAUUAAUAGCCUGCUCACUGAGUGGUAGUCAGUAUGACAAGUUCCACCUUUUAACACGAAGAAGGCAGGGUUUUUGAGUACAGCCAGUCUUGUUGCAGUGGACAUUAUGUGUUCUGAGUCUUCUGGUGCCUUUUUAAUGUUACAUUAAUAUCAUGUAUCUUUUUCUUUCCUUCCACUCUUCUUUCUCUGUUCCUUCUCUUUCCCACAGCACUAUGCUGAGAUCCCAGGCAGCCUUCCUACCAUGUUGGAAUUGGGCUCAUAUUCUGUCAGCUCUCGGUCUCUGACAGGGGACCACAAUGCUUUGGGGCUACCUCGAGCCCCAGCCGAGCCAGAGUGUCCAGGGGUGGGACUGGGAGUCGGGACGAGAUGUGGGAGCAGCACUCCAAGGCACCACAUACUCCCUUCAUCAUCAGAAGACUGUGAGGACUGGCAGAAGCAUCGUGCAGGACUUGCUGGAGGGUCCAGCCUGUUUCCUGAGUCCCUCCUGGAGCCCCACAGCCUCUCAACCAGUUAUGACACCCUCUACCUCCCUCAUAUGUCCAGCCACACCCCUCCUCUACACCCAAACCGUCUGGGCCUGUCUUUGGAUGUGGCUUCAGCCUUUGAGGUUGGAGGGGGACUGCCGGGGGUGGACGGAGAUUUGGCCGUCAGUCCCAACGUGAUCAAGCGCCGUCGAGGAGGCCUGAUUGAGCAGAGGGACAUCGUCAAAGCCCACCAGGCUCACAAGAUUCAGAGCACACCACAGGCGCGACGGAAGGAAUGGGAGUGA